AUGAAGGUCUUCUCCUUGGCCCUGCUCACCCUGCUGCUGGCGGCAAUCUGGACUGGAAGCCAGGGUGUCUCCUUCCGCAGUUCCUACAGCAUGUGCUGCUACCAGAAGAUGUUCUUCCAGAAGAAAAUCCCUGCCUUCAUCAUCAAGAGCUACCAGAUGACGCCUCCCCACUGCUCCCGCAAGGCCAUGCGUGUGGAGCUGCGGAAUGGGAGGAAGAUCUGCGUGGACCCGGAGGAGAGCUGGUUCCAGCAGUACCAGCAGAAGAAGGAGUUGACCAGCACCUCCACGUGA